CGUGAGUGUAUCUCAGUGCACGUUGGUCAGGCUGGCGUACAGAUCGGCAAUGCCUGCUGGGAGCUUUACUGCCUGGAACAUGGGAUCCAGCCGGAUGGACAGAUGCCCAGUGACAAGACCAUUGGAGGAGGAGAUGACUCCUUCAGCACCUUCUUCAGUCAGACGGGAGCUGGAAAGCAUGUCCCCAGAGCUGUUUUUGUGGACCUGGAGCCCAGUGUCAUUGAUGAGGUGCGCACUGGGACCUACCGCCAGCUGUUCCACCCCGAGCAGUUGAUCACUGGCAAGGAGGAUGCAGCCAACAACUACGCCCGUGGACACUACACCAUCGGCAAAGAGCUCAUUGACCUGGUUCUGGACAGGAUCCGCAAACUGGCUGAUCAGUGCACUGGUCUCCAGGGCUUCCUGAUUUUCCACAGCUUUGGAGGUGGCACCGGCUCCGGUUUCACCUCUCUGCUGAUGGAGCGUCUGUCUGUGGACUACGGCAAGAAGUCCAAGCUGGAGUUCUCCGUCUACCCAGCUCCCCAGGUGUCCACUGCUGUGGUGGAGCCCUACAACUCCAUCCUGACCACCCACACCACCCUGGAACACUCUGACUGUGCCUUCAUGGUGGAUAACGAGGCCAUCUACGAUAUCUGCUGUAGGAACCUCGACAUCGAGCGUCCCACUUACACCAACCUGAACAGGCUGAUCAGCCAGGUUGUGUCCUCCAUCACUGCCUCCCUUCGUUUCGACGGUGCCCUUAAUGUCGAUCUGACGGAGUUCCAGACCAAUCUGGUGCCAUAUCCUCGUAUCCACUUCCCUCUGGCCACCUACGCCCCCGUCAUCUCUGCUGAGAAGGCUUACCACGAGCAGUUAACGGUGGCAGAGAUCACCAACGCCUGCUUCGAGCCGGCCAACCAGAUGGUGAAGUGCGACCCUCGCCACGGCAAGUACAUGGCUUGCUGCCUUUUGUAUCGUGGCGACGUGGUGCCCAAAGAUGUGAAUGCUGCCAUCGCCACCAUCAAGACCAAGCGCACCAUCCAGUUUGUGGACUGGUGCCCCACUGGCUUCAAGGUUGGCAUCAACUACCAGCCACCCACUGUAGUUCCUGGUGGAGACCUGGCCAAGGUCCAGAGGGCUGUGUGUAUGCUGAACAACACCACUGCUAUCGCAGAGGCCUGGGCUCGACUCGACCACAAGUUUGAUCUGAUGUACGCCAAGCGUGCCUUCGUUCACUGGUAUGUGGGUGAGGGCAUGGAGGAGGGAGAGUUCUCUGAGGCACGAGAGGACAUGGCAGCUCUGGAGAAGGAUUAUGAGGAGGUCGGAGUCGACUCUGUUGAGGGUGAGGGAGAGGAAGAAGGAGAGGAGUAUUAGACAGGCAUACGUUUCUUUGUUAACUGAAAAAAGUUAAAGUUAAACUUUUUGAAAGUUUGGGCAAAACAGUGACACAUUACUUGUUAAUGAAAAUAUUUGUUGGUUACAGCACUUGUUGAGAGCUGUUUUUAUGUUGGGUCUGAGUUUAAGACACGAGCAGUAUUUGUGAUGUCACAGAGGAAACAGAUUGGCAUUUAUUCUUUGUAAAGAUGUGUUGGGAGUUAUAAUAAUUAGAUAAAUAUGGAUUUAUGUGGUAAUUAUUAACAGUCCAUUCUCUGUAAUGUCUCACAUUUUAAUAAACGGUCACAUUUUCAGGGUUUCAGUUUUUGGUUUCUUCUGUUUCUGAAAACAGAUGUAACAAUUGAAUAUUUUUAGAUUUGCAUUGUAUUAGUUGGUCAUUUCAAACACUAGAAUUGUAUUUGUGUUGUUGAGUUGUUUUUAAAUGGAAAGUAUCUCGUUUUUGUGCAUUUCACAGCCACUUUAAUUAAAUGUUCAAAUGUUUGUUGCCUGUUUUCAAUAAAUGUUACAGCAGAACAUUCAA